AUGGAAGUGGAAAAGCUUUUGCAGAUUGGAGAAAAGUUCGGAUUGGAAGGAGAAAAACUGCUCGAGUUUGUGCGGGAACAACAAAAGUUAGAAGAAGAAAGAAGGAGGGAAAAAGAAGAAAAGGAAGAAAAACGUCGAAAACUUGAGGAAGAAAGAAGGAGGGAGGAGGAAGAGAAAGAGGAAAAACGUAGACAACUGGAAGAGGAAAAAGAAGAAAAGCGUAGACUGUUAGAAGAACAAAAAGAGGAGAAACGUCGAAUGCUUGAGGAAGAUAGAAGAAAAGAAGACGAAGAAAGAGAAACUAGGCGGCAAGAACGCGAACUGAGGAAAUUAGAGCUGGAAGCAGACCUGUUGAAACAGAGAGAGUCUAUUGAAGCCGCUAAGAGAGAGCAUGAACUAGAGCUCGCUCGUCUAGCACAAGGCCGUAACGAUACUGAACGUGCUGAAGUGAGAGAGGAUAGGGCCAAGGCACCUAAGCUUCCCUCAUUUGUUGAUGGCAAGGACGACUUGGAUGCUUAUCUACAACGAUUUGAGAGAUUCGCAACCACGGCUAAAUGGGAGAAGACAGGAUGGGCCUCGAAACUUAGCGCUCUUUUGUCUGGACGUGCCCUAGAGGUUUAUUCGCGAAUAUCUGAGGAAGCAGCCCAAGAUUAUGAUCGAGUGAAGUUAGCUUUGAUGAAGAGAUAUGACCUUACAGAAGAUGGCUAUCGUUGUAAAUUUAGAGCAUCAAAGCCGGAAGUUGACGACAGUCCUGAACAGUUCAUAGUGAGACUGGAUAGAUACUUGCUACGUUGGUUAGAGCUGUCGAACACUGAACGUUCUUUUGAAGGCCUGAAAGAUUUAAUAGUGAAAGAACAGUUCAUCGAUUCUUGUCCAAAAGAGUUAGCUAUUCACCUCCGUGAAAGAGCUCCGGAAACGCUUGCUCAGAUAGCAAAGAUUGCCAAUCAGUACUUAGAAGCACACGGGAAGCAUCUGUUCAGCUCUGCGAGCAAGAAGCCACAAGUACAGCCUAAGGUGGAGGAAACAAAGACUGCACAGAGUGAUACAACAGCCCUCCAGUGUUACAAGUGU